UCGGUGCGGGGCUGGGGAGUGGGGAAACAGGGAAUUCUCAAAAAGGAAAUAAAAAAAAAGAGUGGGGAAACAGGGGAUUACCGCUGUGGCGGCCGCCGGCGAUCCCGCGCCUCCCCUCACGGCCGGUGUCUCUCCCGACUCUCGAGCGCCCUGCGAAAUAGGGUUCCCCAUCGACACAUGUACAGCUCCGGCUCCCCCGACCAUGCCGCGCCCUCCUUCUCCAGGUCCCGCAGCCACCAUGAGUUGCUCGCCUCAACCCAGGUGGAUGACCACUCCGAACUAUCCCGCCGUCUGCUCUUGAGGCUGCCGUCGGACAUUUCUCCUACCAUUGCGCAGCGUCGGCGUUCAGUGCGCCGCCCCGUGAGCCCACCCUGACGCCAUGCUUCUCCCUCCUGACUCCUGAGGAAGCUGGGCAGCCAAGUUCCGGUGCCUCCCCCAACUCCUCUCCGCUGCUGAGGUCCAAAUACUCUACCUCUGCAACAAGCUGUCCUAUGCGGAUACCUGGAAAAAGUCUGCAUUAGUUAUAUGCCAAGAUUCCAGUUACCAUGGUUUCUUCUGUUGAGGUGGGGCAGCUGAGGAACAUAUAUCAAAUAAGGCACAAAAUGCUGAACUGAAGUUGUUUUUCGAAGUGGAAUUUGGACUGGAUCUGCAGCCUCUCCCUCCUGAGAAGAGCAAGGAAGAUAAUCAUUCUGUCCAUCAAACUCUCCAGGCCCAAAGAAGAAGUGUUUAUGUUCAUCCAGUUUCUCAGGCUGCAGUUUUGGGGAACACCCAUAACAUGACGUGGAAUGGUAACUAAAAUAAAAUUGUUGAUGUAUUUUUACCAACCGAUAUUCACUCUUGGUCAGGUCCAUCCUGCCAAUAUUUGUUGUAUUACUGAAUUUUUUAGCAGAUUGUUCUCCUGUUAUCGUGUAGCAGAUUCCACAUUGAGCAGUAAUGUACUACUAUAAUGCAGUUCUUUCAUGACCAUCGUAUUACUGUACUUAAUAGAGUUAUAUGGUGUGAGCAUACUCCCUAUACCUAAGUUUUUCUCUAUUCACUUGUGUUAAGGCAUUCAACCAAUUGUACUACUGAAUUUUAUAGCUGGGCUCUUGUUUCGCUAAUGCAAUGGAAUCGGGAGGCUUUGCCCUCCUGAUUGUCUAAAUGUUUUAUAGCUGGUUGUUGCUUGUUGGUCUUGUGUGCCGGUCCCCAGAUCGAGUAAUAAUGAUGCAAUUCUUGAUUGAUGUUUGCAACAUUUCACGUUUUUUGUUGCAUGUUUUUUCUGGCCUUUGAAAUUCUGAACAACGCCAAGAGAACAGUCAGCUUAGAGAUUUCCUCACCAAAUUUCCUGGCGCAGCGGAGCGCGCCUGUUCCACUAGUAUAUAACUACAAGUACAUCAGCUUCACACCAUAAGAGACAGAGAAAUUGACAGUACAGCUCUUCCACAGCUCCCAGGAAGUGGCUUCUUCAUCCACCACCAUGGCUGCCAUAUGGGCUCUGGUCAUUAUCCACCUCCUUCUACUGCUCCCACUCCUGCGGUCCUCCAUUGUGUUCGAGCUCCACGGCGACGUCUAUCCUACUGGCCUCUUCUAUGUUACCAUGAACAUUGGGGAACCCGCAAAGCCCUACAACCUCGACGUCAACACGGGCAGCCCCCUCACGCGGCUGGAGUGUGACACCCCCCUCCAGAGCACUCACAAGGGGCCACACGAGGCGUACAGACCAACACCGACCAACGUGGUGCCAUGUGACGAUGAGCGAUGCGUGGCGGUGCACAAGGACCUCGGCCUCGCGCACGACUGCACUCAGAACCCAGACCAAUGCGACUAUGUGUUAGGUUGCAAGGACGGCGAGUCGUCCUUGGGCGUGCUCUUGACCGACCAGUUCUCCCUCCCCACCAACAAUGAGAACCGCCCCAACCUUGCCUUCGGCUGUGGGUACGACCAGGAAGGUGGGAAAGAGGCAGGCAAGAGCCCGGUGGAGGCAGACGGCGUCCUCGGGAUCGGCAAGGGGACGGGUGACCUUGUCUCCCAGCUAAAGCAACAAGGCAUAAUCGUUGACAAUAUCUUUGGCCAUUGCCUCGGCGUCCAUGGAGGGGGUUUCCUCUUCUUUGGGGGCGACAGGGUGCCCUCUGCCGGCGUAACCUGGGUUCCAAUGGCUCAGAAUGUCGGGAGCCACUACUCACCUGGCGCAGCAACACUGAACCUCAAUGUACAACUGGAAUACCCGGUAAGCAUGGAGCCAAUGACCACCAUGUUUGACAGCGGGAGCACCUACACCUAUGUUCAUAAGGACACAUAUGGUCGCCUUAUUGCAGCGGUGGGAGUCACUCUCGAGGGUUCAUCACUUACCAAGGUGGACGAUGAUGCGCUGCCUGAAUGCUGGGAAGAAACCGAGCCAAUUCAAUCUGUUGACGACGUCAAGAAUAAAUUCAAGCCACUUGAACUCACUUUCGGCCAUGGGGCUAACCAGGCCACCAUGGAGAUCCCUCCUGAAAACUAUAUUGUUGUCACGAAAACCGGGAAAGUGUGUCUGGGCAUCCUCAAUGGAUCACAGAUUGGUCUGGAUCGACUGAACCUAAUUGGAGGUAAUAUAAUGCAGAAUUAUAUCAUGAUGUACGAUAACGAGAGAGCACGAAUCGGAUGGGCCCGUGCGUUGUGUGAUGAAAUGCCAGGUCCCGAACCUCUCAUCGGGUCACGUCUCUGAAAUCUCAAUGAAGCUUCUGCUGACAUGCUGUGGGUUAGCUGGAAGAUAGAUGGAGGUGUCAUCGCUUUAGAAGCGGGGCUCAUACCUUAACAAGAAUGAAGGACUUCCAUGAGAAAUUGAGAUGAUAUUUUUUGGUAAACUAUUCUUUCCCACCGGCUGAUUGCAGCGUUCUGUUCGGCCGCACGAUGCGCCUUCCAAUCGUCGCUUGCAAUAUUCCGGUAAUAGAGAGCGUCCGCAUGCAGCCUGCCUUGCGUUAUCUAAUUUCCUAACUGAAACAUCACAGCUACAUCUAUAGACAAGGACGGGUAGAACCCUUGCAAUGUCUAAAGAAUGUAUUUCCCGAAAAAAAAUAUCUAAAGAAUGUAUUUUUCUUCUUCUA